AAUGUGCAGGGGGCUACGGGCGUAAGCAGGGCAGGGGAAAAGCACCGCAAGAAAAGCGCGGGGCUCGUCCUCGGUGCUGGAGUCAAGGCUGACCUUAAUGUGGCAUAAACCAGAAGAAGGCUCGUUACAGGAAUGCCAGUGUAACGAAUGCCUUAAACCGGGGGGAAAGCGUUGCGUUAGCUUUUACAAGGGUUUAAUUCUGGGUUCAGUGAAUUUACUACCCGGGUCCAGAGAUGAGGUGGCUCCUACCGUGGAUUUUGAUAGCAGCAAGCGUCCAUCAGGUGAGCUCCCCACCUUGUCUGAUCAUCUGAACUUUAUGAGGCUCCUUGCCAUGGCCCCAUCACCAUAACGACCGCACCGCCUCUCCUGACCAUGACGGAGACAUACAACCGCACCCAGUACUGCAAGUGGCCCUGCAAGUGCCCCAAGACGCCGCCUUGGUGCCCCCCGGGCGUCAGCCUGCUCAUUGAUGGCUGCGACUGCUGCAGGGCCUGCGCAAAGCAGGUGGCCGAGACGUGCAACGAGGCCGACACCUGCGACUAUCACAAGGGCCUGUACUGCGACUACAGCUCUGACAAGCCUAGGUACGAAAAAGGAGUCUGCGCAUACAUGGUGGGAACUGGCUGUAAGCACGACGGCGUUAUCUACCGCAACGGCCAGAGCUUCCAGCCCAGCUGCAAAUACCGCUGCCUGUGCGUGAACGGCGCCAUCGGCUGCGUGACGCUGUGCUCCGACUCGCAGCCGCCACUGGUUUGGUGCCAGGCCCCGCGGCGCGUCAAGCUCCCGGGUCGCUGCUGUGAGCAGUGGAUAUGCGACGAGGCCCGACGGCCGCGUAAGGCCUCCCCCAGGCACGCUCUGGAUGUGUUCCCAGACGACAAUGAGGUCUGGCAGAAGAACUGCGUGGCCCAGACCACAUCCUGGAGUCCCUGUUCCAAGACGUGCGGCCGAGGUCUGUCCACACGGAUCUCCAACGCCAACCACCAGUGCGAGAUGGUGAAGGAGACGAGACUGUGCACCGUCCGGCCGUGCGAGGUCGACAUCACCAAGCACAUCAAGCCGGGGAAAAAAUGUCUCAACAUAUACAGGGAGGAACAGCCACAGAACUUCACCCUCUCGGGUUGCACCAGCACGAAGGCGUACCGGCCCAAAUACUGCGGGGUCUGCACGGACGAGCGCUGCUGCAUCCCCUACAAGUCCAGGACGGUGGAGGUUGAGUUUCGGUGCCCCAAUGGGGCCGUCUUCUCCUGGCAGCACAUGUGGAUUAACGCCUGUUUCUGCAACCUCAGCUGUAAGAACCCCAACGAUAUCUUCAACGAGCUGGAGCGCUACUAUGAUUACCCUGAGAUGGUGAACUGACAGGCUGGCCUUUUCCCAGAACCUGGAUGCACGAUAUUACCUUAUCGCCGUUUGGAACUUUCCAGAAGUUUCAUUCUGAAGGGUCAAAGCUUCCUGACACUUUAUUUUUUUAAGUUAAUUGAAAUCAAUUAAUGAGCCACAGAUUGUUGAAAGGAAAGGUAAUUUUCUUACCAUUUUUAGAGGCAUGAAAUUUGUAAAGGGUCUCAGCGGCCAUCUUUUUUCCUAUUGGAAAAUAUUAUUCUUAAUAUGCAGGUAUAAAGGGAUUUAAUUGAACGACAUUGUCCGUAGCUGGAUAUGAUGUAUGUGUGCCUUUCCUCACGUCGCUGUCGGAUGCAGGGUUUGGCGGUGACCUUGGAUGCCUUGAAGGGUCAGCCUCCCCAGGUACACUGUGUGCUCUUGGGCGUGGAGAGAAGACGAAGGUAACCCUGCACUCCGUGAAAUCGGAGAGUACCAAACUCGUGACAAAUUGAUGAUGAUAUUGCACAGCAUCUCUCAGUUCCCCUGUGGGAGCUUGUAUGCCCAUUCAACUAUUUUGAUAUUUAUUUAUCUAUCAUGACCAUUAUUAGAUGACUAAUACACAAAUAACCUUCCUAGAUGCUUGUAUCAGUCAAGUAUUAAGGUUUUAUUAAUUUCUCAUAUUCGGAGUUGAAUAGAAUUGCUUGUUUCGAAAUACUGUCAUAAAAAAUUGUGCUUUUGCCAAUAUUUAUCAGGGACUGGUUUAUUUAACUAUAUAAAUAAAACAUGAAAAGCA